AUGAGAUCUGAGCUGUUGGGACGCAUCUUCUCAAUGAAGAGCAGUGAAAUGAGUGCAGCAACGGUUGUAGGAGAUGUGAUCCGGAAGCUUGACAUUGAAGUAGCACGUUUUUCGAAGCUUUUAGGAACACUGCCAUCGCAUUUGGACAGGCAAGGCCUGAGCAUUGGUGACGGGGACAUGCUUGUGAUCCUUUUGCGUAGUCUGCCUGAAGAAGCGAAGAAGCAUGUGUUGCAUCACUCGGCUGCAGAUACCUAUCAGACCGCACGUCUUUCUGCUUUGAAGUAUGAACAGCAACAGCGAUUGUUUUUAGAUUUGAACUUUGGACAUGGCAAGAAGCAUGUGAGUGAACUCUUUGAUUUGACCAAAAGUGAUGGUGAUGAUCAGUAUGAUAAGGCCUGGUAUGAUAACGGUGAUGAGUGGUACCAGUGGGAUGGCUCAUGGGGCAUCGCUGCUGUGAAUGAGGUCAAGUGUUUUGCCUGUGACGAGUAUGGGCAUGUGAGUCACAACUGUAAGAAAGGGAAGAUGUAUGAGCUGGUAGAGGAGACGAAGGAAGGAAAUGAAGUAGGUCAUGACGACGCGACUUGGGCCGACGACUCCUGGCAUGAAGGCUGGGAUCAGUGGGAUAGCAGUGCAGGUCAUGAGGCCUGGGGUAGCGCGGUCGCUGACACUUCGAAGGAAGCCAAGCCAGUUGAGAACUUGCAGCUGAGUGCGGUGAUCUUUUCGCCGUUGCUUGUAAAUGAGAUCCUAGAGGACCCACAGGACUGCGAGUGGUGGUUGCUUGAUAGUGGGGCUGGAGUCUCUGUGUUGAGUGAGAGUGCUGCUGCGUGGUUUGGGAUAGACGUUGGUGAGCUCAGGAGCUCACGUGUGCAGCAGGGAUUCUCAGCGGCCAACGGUAGUCCUGUGAAGAUGCUUGCUGAACGAACCAUUCGAGUUGAGAUUUUUCUUGAGUUGCCUGACGGUACGAGUGAUUGGCAUGAAGCAAGCAUGAAUGUUUGGAUUGGCGACACGAAUCGCAACAUCAUUUCCACGACCAUGCUGUGCCACCGUGGUUGGACCUUUUCUCAAUCGAGGGAGGGCAUCCACCUUGCGUCUGCUUCAGGCGCGUGUGCUAAGGAGAUCGUGCUCUUUUGUAAUGUGCCCUGGGUGCGUUUGAGACCUGUGGUGCAUCCGGAGUCGCCUGAGGGCGAGCUGUGCUUGGCGCCAUUGACGCCUCAGGUCCCAGUUGUGCCGGUGUCUCCACUCACCCGUUCGAGUGAAGCGGAGUUGGCCCUGCAUCGAUUGCAAGGUCAUACUCCAUAUCACCCCGGGUGCAAGCAUUGCCAGGUGUCCAGAACGGUCUUUCAGCACAGGCGUCGUAGGGAUGGUCGUCUUGAAACUGAGGUGGUUGCUGAUUUCUUCUUUCUCUCGAGUACUGGUGAGGAGAGGCGAGAGGUUAGAUCAGACAAUUUGCGUGUGCUCGUGAUGGUGGAACGGAUGUCGUCCAUGAUAGGAGCCAUCGUAACGUCCGACAACCUAGUUGCUAGCAGGACCGACAUUGUGAGGUGGCUUCGUGAGUUUGGGCUUGAAUCGGGCACAUGUUCUAUCCUCAUGUUGACAGACGCAGAAGAAGCCGUGUCUGAUUUGGUGGCCGGCGCCUCUGAUGAGUUUGUGUUUCAGGUCAGGAAAGCAGGUCCUCAGUGCCACGAGUCGAUUGGUGUUGCCGAGCGCGGGGUUAGGAAGAUCAAAGAGUCAUUGCAAACAUUGCGUAGUGACUUGAAUCAUGAAGGCCUUGAUAUCUGCUUCAAUCACGUCGGUUUCAGUGCUGCUCUUACGUAUCUCUGCGGUAGCUUGAACAGGUUCUCGAAGGCUCAUGGAUCGGAUCUUGCACCAUGUGACAUGCCUUUGCAGAGACCAACCCCCAAGGGCGCCUUCACUCUGUUUGGCGCUACGGUCUUAGCCGAGCUGCCGCAGUCGAUAAAAGAUCUGGGACCGAACCUACCCCGGUUCACGGAGGCUGCCUUCCUCUACCCGGUGUUAGGGUCCCAGGCCAUUCGUGUUGCAGCGCUGAUUCGACUUGAGGGCAGGUUGGAACUAAAGGUCUUUAACGCAAAAUCUGUGAAGGUGACGGUUCCGCUGACUUGGCGGCUUGAGCUCGUGGAAGGAGUGAUUGCUCCCAUUGGUGGCGGUCAGAAGCACGGUCGGGCUUGCCAGCAGAGGUAUGCUCACUGGCUUCGGGAGUCAGUUGCUGGUGAUGGCGCAGCCGAGAUGGCCGUGGAUCUUGGUGAUCAGGGUGAUGGUGCUCUGGAGCAUCGGGUCCUGACGCAGAUGGCGUCCGUAGUGAUGCCCAGCAUGCAGGGUCGCAUCGGGCAUCGCCUGAUUCUGGAGGCCUGGAGCCUGAGGCAAAGAGGAGCGAAGGCUCCACAGGGCUUCCGUUGGGAUCUUCAGCUGGGCAUGCCAGCUCUGGUGGUGGCUCCGAGUCACGAGGUAUUCGAUGAAGGGAUCAACAGCAUCAGGUAUGAGUCAUCGUCGAGUAAUGCCGCUAAGCCGAAGUUUGAGAGUGUUCCACUUGGGGGGACACGGGUGCACUUGUGGUGCCCUGACGGCGGCAUUGAUGACAGUACGCUUGAAGAGCUUCCGGGAGACUUAGUCUUUGCUGGCAUGAAGGAGGAAAUCUGCAAUUUGGAGAAUUGCCGCACAGGCCGCAUUAUCGGUUCUGAUGAGGUUGAUGCGCUGAAGCGGAAACAUCCGGGAAUGCGUGUGAUCCAAUCCAGGUGGGUCUGCGCUCGUAAGAGUGCUCAGCGAGUUCGCAGCAGGAUCGUUGCAAAGGACAUUGCCAAUGGGUCGGCGCGCAAACAGGGUUUCAGCAGUCCUACUCCGAGUCUUGAUUCGCUCAUGCUAGCAUUGAUCAUGCUUGCUACGCGUGACAUGCGAGGAUGCGGGGCGGACAUUGGCCAUGCGUUCAUGAACAGUCCGUUAGAAGCUAAGACACCUGUCAUUCUGAAGUUGCCGUUGUCUGUGUCAUUGUCUAAUGGACUUCCUGCGUUUUUCUUCCUGUAUUGCGCUUUGAACGGUCUUAGGGAAGCUUCGUUGGCAUGGUUACGGCUUCUAACUGGCCUUAUACGGCCACUCGGACUUAACAGCUGUGAGCCCGAGCCGUGCUUAUUCACUGGAUGGGUGAGCACAAAGGCGCGCGGGACCGCGCAUGGUGGGCGAGCCAUCGUGAUCGCCUAUGUGGAUGAUUUGUUGAUCAUCACUGAUGAUGAGCUUGUUGAACAGGCCAUCCUUGGUGCCAUCUCGAAGCGGUUGCAUGUAAAGAUCACAGGAAGGAUCUUUCCCUCGAGCGCCGGAGGUGGGAGCCUCACCUUCCUUGGUAGGUGCAUCCGUAGAUGGCCAAAUUCUGCUGUGAUUGAGUUGAGCAUUGACAAGCAGUACUUAGAACCAUGUUUCAGCGCAUACGGGAUCACGAAGGGUUCACAAGCGGUGCCUGAUGUUGCCAGUUUGCUUGAGAAAUCUGGCCCGGAGCUGACGCCAGAAGCUUAUUCGCGCUUUAGGCGAGCAUUGGGCCGGCUGUUAUGGUAUGCUCAGACGAGGCAGGACAUUAAGUUGAUGCUCACCUUGAUUGCCACACAACAGAGCAAGCCUACUUCAGCCACUGAGUCUGCGUUGCGUGCUGUUCUUCGGUUUCUAAAAGGUGAUGAGUACAUAAUCCAUCAGAUUCCGUCUGCGAGCUUGGAUCCUGAGUUCCUGAAUUGCACGUCAGAUGAGCUGCUGACACGGGUGCAUGUGUUCGCAGACGCCUCAUAUGCUCCAUAUCGCUUCCUAGAGCGGAGGGGCAUCACUGGGGGAGCGAUCACCUUUGCAGGGAGUGCUGUGAGAUUGGUUGCCAAAACACAGAGUGUUGUCUGUUUGUCUUCCUGCGAGUCGGAGUUGCACGCCUUGCAAUUCAUGGCCCAAGAAUGUGUCGCAUUCAUGUUCAGCGUGAAUCGGGUAUUGGCGAGCUUUGGCGAGGCAUCUCUUCGGUAUGAUGUCCAAUUGGACACUUGGGAGGAUGAGAGCUCCCAUGAUCAUGAUCAGGAGUCUGUGGCUAGCUCUUAA